UGACGUCAGAUACGCGCAUGCGUGGACCGAUCGGGUGAUAAAGCAAGAUGGCGUCUGACGGAGAAGUCCUAAACGCGGUCAUUAUAUUUCUGUAUUCUUACAUAUAUGUUGUUUAAUAGAGUACACACGGUUAAUAAUUGUUUUUAGCCGGAUACAUUAGUCUGAGCGCACUUUGACACUUCUCCGGUUGGCUAACUUCAUUUAAGUUAGUUUGCAGCUAGUUUAGCUGGCUAGUUAGCUUAGCUUGUUAGCUGCUAACAAAGAGACGCGGAAGUUAUUUAAACAUCGCUAAGUAGGGAACUAAUGUGAGUGUAAAGUGUUGUGAUUGUGUGAAAAUGUGCGAAAGAACGAUAUCAAAGUACGAGGAGGAACUUUGUCCAACAAAAGAGGAGGACGAGCGACAACAUCAACUACUGGAUGUUUAUUAUAAGAAACAUCAAGUUGUGUCACACAGAACAGAUGUCUGUAAAGAACAACUUUUGUCUGAAAAACAGGAGUGUAGCUUCAAGAUGGUGAAGGAAGAGCCUUCAAAGAGGACGACCAGGUGCCACGGACCCUCUGGCGUCUCCUUUUCCUCUUUGACACGGACCCUUUCCUGUAAAAAGGAAGAGGAAGACUCACUGACCCCCCACAUUAAAGAGGAAGAAGAGGAACACAGCAUCAGUCAGGAGGGAGACAAUCUUGAAGGACUGGUGGAGUUCCCAGUGAUUCGUGUUCAGGUGAAGAGUGAAGAUGCUGAGGUCAAAGGUGAAAGUGAGGAGAAGAGAGAGGCGAAGCCUCCAAGCAGCAGCUCAACACAACACAUGACAACAGAAGCUGAUGGAGACCACUGUGGAGGAUCACAAGCAGACAAGCUCUUAGCUCCACUAUCAGAUAGUGAGGACACAACGUCACACUCUCCUGACACUGAUGAUGAAGACUCUAAAGAUGAUAAGACAUGUCACACUGACAACACUCACUUCACAUGUUCUCACUGUGACCAAACAUUUAAAAACCAUAGUCAUCUGAAAAGACACAUGAGGACACACACUGGAGAUAAACCUUUUUCUUGUUCAAUAUGUGGCUUAUCUUUUACAAGGAAGGACAAUAUGAAAGAUCACACAAGAACACAUAAAGGAGAAAAAACUUUUUCAUGUUCUUUGUGUGAUUCGAAGUAUGCACGUAGUCAAGAUUUGAAAAAACACCUGAGAAGACACACUGGAGAAAACCUUUUUAAGUGUUCUUUGUGUAAUUCAAGUUUUGUCGAAGAUAAACAUUUGAAAAGACACAUGAGAACUCACACUGGAGAAAAACCUUUUACCUGUUCACUUUGUAGUAAAGGUUUUGCACAAAGUCAUAAUUUAAAAGUACACAUGAGGACACACACUGGUGAAAAACCUUUUUCCUGUUCAACCUGUGGUAAAGAUUUUGUACGUCGACAGUCUGUAAAAGUACACAUGAGAACGCACACUGGUGAAAAACCCUUUUGUUGUUCAAUCUGUGGUAAAAGUUUUACAGAAAGUCGUUGUUUCAAUAGACACACAAGAUCGCACACUGGUGAAAAAGCUUUUUCCUGUUCAAUCUGUGGUAAAGGUUUUACAGAAAGUCAAUAUUUGAAAGUACAUGAGAAAAUACACACUGGUGAAAAACCUUUUUUCUGUUCAAUCUGUGGUAAAAGUUUUACAGAAAGUCAGAAUGUGAAAAGACACAUGAGAACACACACUGGUGAAAAAUCACAUUCCUGUUCAAUCUGCAACAAAAGCUUUUGUGAACGAUCAUACCUUGUAGCACACAUGAGAAGACACCUAGGAGAGAAAGUGUUGAGUUGCAGUGUGUGUGGUGAAAGAUUCUCUUAUAAGUACCAGUGUAAGAAACACAAGUGUGCUGUUGAGAACAGCAGCAGCAAAUGAAACUGCAGGAUUUGAAAUAAACUGUCAAGACUUUACUUUUGACUUUCUAAUAACAUCAGCACAUAUAAAAUG